UGAACGUCAAAUGUCUUAUCAUUAUCACGUAAAACGUCAACAUUAGCUCAAGGUCUUAUCACGGCCGAUUCGGGUCGUUAUGUUCAGAGCAUAGUUGGUUACAUUUUAUAGAAAUAUUAAAUAUACAUCAACAAACCUAUAAAACACAAAAAUGUCUAAAAUCUACAGAGCGGUAAUUCUAGUCGCUGAUAAAUUUGUCCCGUCAAAAUUGCGUCCUUUAUGGGAACACGAAGCUGGUCCUAAAACGAUAUUCUUCUGGGCUCCAGCGUUUAAAUGGGGUUUGGUGUUGGCUGGGUUAGGUGACUUGAGUCGGCCUGUGGAGACAUUGUCCAUUCCUCAAUCUGUAUCACUAGCGGCUACGGGUGUCAUUUGGUCUCGUUACUCACUUGUAAUCAUACCAAAAAACUACAGCUUAUUUGCUGUUAACGUAUUUGUAGCCAUGACAAGCUUAUAUCAGAUAGGCAGGGCUAUUAAAUUCCAACAGAACAAAAAUAAAGAAAACAAAUAAAUGUUACAAUCAUUUCUGUAAUACCUCUAUAAAAAUGACAUUUCAUAGUUAGUCUUACAUAUUUAGAUAGAUAUACAGAUAACAAUCUCAAAGGGUAUUUAUUUAUUUUUCUAUAGUUCUAAAUAUAUAAUACAAAAGAUCACUACGUAAAGUUGGACAGGUUCAUUAAUAUUUUUCAAUGAAUUAAAUAUUUUAUUAUAUGGUCUAUUGUUGUAAGUUAAUUUUGUUAUUCAAUGUUGAAACUUGUAUUAUAUUACUUGUAUAUAAGUAAUUGAAUUUUAAGGUAAUUGUGUUGAAAAGCAUAUAUAUGGGUAUUAGUCUGUGAUAAAUAUAAAUUGUGCAAAAUAUUUUUAUCAGACAAAGCCAAGUAAGGUUGGGUAUAAAACCAUGGUCAACGAAUUACGAAAAUUGUAUAAAUAGAUACUUUUAGAUAGGAAGGUUCCAUUUAUUUUAUUAAAAAAAAAAACGGUUUUUUUUAAAAUGGCGGACAUUCAUAUUUCACCGCGCUUUAUUGCUACCAGUGACAUAUUACGACAAUAAUUCUAAAAUAAAUUAUGCGGUGUAAUUGUUACACAGUAGGUAAACGUUUAUUUAUCUCAUUACGAGGUCGUAUUUUAAUUAAAUACAUUUUAUUACCGUUGAUAACUAUUUCUCCCAGAAUACAGAACAAACUGUUCUGUAUUCGGAGCUAUUUCUAUACGCUCUUUUUACUAAUGGAGCAAAACUCGUAUAAUAUAGAGUUACUUUGAAUGACUUCCUUUUGUAAAAAUGACCGAUAUGACAAGUGAGGUUAGCUUUCUGGAAGUUCUGGAGGAUUAAUUUUUUUUAAAUCUAUAACUAACAAAAAGUAAUUAAAUUGAUAUAAUACUUAAUGUUUGCGGAUUUCUUCAAAAUCUAGAUGAAUCUUCAAAUAAUUUAAAUUAUGACAUAACUAGCGAUUAUGGAAUGGAUUUUAAAACCGUGAUAUUUUUAGAUGUCUACACGUUUUAACUGGACUAUUUCAGUUUUAUGUGAUUAUUUUUACUCUUAUGAUAAAUGGAACUUUCCUAAUUAAUUGAAUAUUAGUUUGUAUUUGACUUCCACAAGAGUAAUUGUUCUGAAUAGUUCGUAGUAGUUUGAACAGGUUUUUUUUAAAGAAAAUAAACAAUUAUACGCAUACUAGCAAAAGCAAAUGUAGAAAUUAUAGGUAUGUUAAAAUAUCGUAUCUCCUCGAAAUUAUAUUGACUAUUUUUGUAACAAACUUUCUUGUCGAUUAGAAAAAUAUAUAUUUUUGUUUCA